CUAACGUGAACUAGCUUGCUGUGACAACCAGCCCAGUGACACCGGUCGUGGUGAUCGACCGCCUGCUGCUUAACGCCCCUCCGGUGGUCUAAGUAGCAGAGAGACACCCUGAAACUAACCACCCACAGAAGAAGCCUGUCUGCUGGCUUGAAGCGCCCUCACCGCCCCUCGGAGUGUCCGCGGCUCUCGUCCUUUAAUCGGCCAGGUAUUGUCCAGCCUCAUCCAGCCCCACUGUGGAUCUUUAGCCCCUCCGGCAGGACAGUGGCAGAGGCAGAGCCAGAGCCAUCGGGGACCAGACCAGCAGGCAGCAGGGCUCCAUGAGCGCGACGGGGCAGCAGCAGCAAGGGGGGGGCCUGCGUUCUCGCCGAGGCCUUGGCCGGGACAAGGACCCUGGGCAGGGCAUGGGCAUGGAGGCGGCCUGCUGGCUGGCCCCCGGAGUGCUGCGCAGGCUGAUCGAGCUGCCGUCGCCGCCCCUGUCCCGUCACCAGCUCAAGAGACUGGAGGAGCACAGGUACAGCAGUGCUGGACGCUCCCUGCUGGAGCCUCUGAUGCAGCGUUACUGGGAAUGGUUGGUGGGACGAGUCCCCUCCUGGAUUGCCCCCAACCUCAUCACCAUCAUCGGCCUGGCCACCAACGUCUUCACAACCCUCGUGCUCAUCUACUACUGUCCAACUGCCACUGAGCAGGCUCCUCUCUGGGCGUACCUGCUGUGUGCUGUGGGUCUGUUUAUCUACCAGUCAUUGGACGCCAUCGAUGGAAAGCAGGCCAGACGCACCAAUAGCAGCUCUCCUCUGGGCGAGCUGUUUGACCACGGCUGUGACUCCCUCUCCACCGUGUUUGUGGUGCUGGGAACCAGUAUAGCAGUGCAGAUGGGCACCAACCCAGACUGGAUGUUCUUCUGCUGCUUCGCUGGGAUGUUUAUGUUUUACUGCGCCCACUGGCAAACAUACGUGUCGGGAACGCUGCGCUUCGGCAUCAUUGAUGUGACUGAGGUGCAAAUCUUCAUAAUAAUCAUGUAUUUGCUGGCCGCCGUGGGAGGAUCUGCUUUUUGGCAGUCACUGAUUCCGAUCCUAAACAUCCAGAUGAAAAUGAUUCCUGCCAUCUGCACUUUUUUAGGAGCCAUAUUCUCCUGCACCAAUUACUUCAGAGUUAUUUUUACGGGAGGUGUGGGCAAAAACGGAUCCACAAUAGCGGGAACCAGCGUCCUCUCUCCGGUCUUACAUAUUGGUUCAGUUAUCAUUUUGGCAAUGAUGAUAUACAAGAAGUCUGCUGUCCAGCUCUUCGAGAAACAUCCGUGUCUUUAUAUCCUGGCGUUUGGCUUCGUCUCGGCCAAAAUCACCAAUAAAUUAGUUGUAGCACAUAUGACAAAAAGUGAGAUGCAUCUCCACGAUUUAGCCUUCCUUGGACCAGGACUACUGUUCCUGGAUCAGUAUUUCAAUAGUUUUAUUGAUGAGUACCUGGUGCUGUGGAUUGCAUUGAUCAUUUCCUUCUUUGACUUGGUGCGUUACUGUGUCAGUGUUUGCAACCAGAUUGCCUGCCAUCUUCACAUUUUUGUUUUCAAAAUCAAGCCUUGUUCAGUGCUCAGCUCAGCUCCUCACUGAGGACACGCCCGCCAUGACUGACUCUGUCCCUUCCUGUUAGUCGCACUCAUCUUUUCUUCCCUCUGUUUUCCACGUAGAGAUGCAGGGGAUGACGUGGUGUAAAAGUAUGUGCUUCUGCCAACUGAAUGUGAGGACAAAUAAUAUAUAUUAAGAUACUGGAGUAUUACUGUCAUUGUUUCUUUUUUUUUUUCACCAGUGCAGAAUUUGUACCAGUUUCAUCUUCUGCCCCAGUAAUAAAAAUUCUCCUUCUUACAAACUCAUGAGCAAAUAUUUCAGGAGAGUACAGGUGCUACUCGCUGUGUUCAAGGAGAGAAACUUCAGUGUGUUUUAACUGUUCAUGUGCAGAGAAAAUGUAUAGGAAACGAAUCAAAUAAUUCUUUGCUUUUCAUGAUUAUAAUUUUUGUAAUAUUUGCAUAACGUUACCUUUUUGCUAUUGUAAAUACCGAACAGUGUCUGUGCUUUUCUUCUAAGUUAAAAAUCCUGCUUUGACACAUUUAUAAAGCUUCAUGUAUAUGAUUUUUAAAACAAACUCAUCUCCUGCACAUCACAUAAAACUGUGCAAGUGAUCAGCAGAAAUGUGGUUUUGGAGGAAACUUAAUGCCGACCGCAGAAUGUUGUUAUUGAACAAAACCGCAAAAUAUUCACUGCCGAUGUUUUUUUUUUGUUUGUUUAGUCUGUUACACGAAACCACUUCCUUCAAACUACACAUGGGAUUCUUCGAGGUCGAAAUUCAAGUUUUGGUUGCAAAGUUGUGUGUAUUUAUUGUCAACUGUUAUGUUGUUUGCUAAUAUAUUAACCUUUUUUGUAGUUUGAUUAAUGCGUCACAGGGUUGGGCUUCCUUUACACUUUAUUUUCUUACUUUAAAACAGAUAAGGACACGCCGUGCACACGAGGGAAAGACAAAGCCAAAGUUUGUUUGUUUUUUGUUGUUUUUUUUACUUAUAAAAUAUCUAAACUCAAAGCUCGAUGUACAGAGUGAUGUGGAUGAAAGCCCAGAAGGCUUGUAAAGAGGCCUUUGAGGUCAAGAGUGGACUUUUUAUGCUCAUAUUUUCCCACGUUUUGAAGGUUAUUCGAACAAAGUUCAAGAUGUUUUACCUUUUUUUUGUUUCAAUCGCCACCAGCUGUCACUGUGCUUUCUGUCACUGCUCGUCCUGUUUAUUCUGCAUUUUUCUCAUUGUCAACAAAUCACGUGAAAGGACUGAAAUCAACAAUGUGUUUUCUCUUUACGCAAUACUUUCUGUUUCCUGUGUGACUCACAGCUCCAAGCCCACUGCUUCCUGCUAUGGAUGUAAAAAUAUAUAAAGUGUCAUGUUUAAGCUCAGUUAUUUCCUAAAAAACAGCUGCAGUUUUUAGCAAAUGUUACUAAAAUGGAAAGAAAGUGUGCAUUUGUUGGGGACUAUUUUCAGCAGUGGAUUAAUUUGCAUUCUGUGCUCUAUUGAGUUAUUUGUGGCAGCAUGGUGUAUGUGGGACUGGACAAAAUAAACUGCAGUGUGUGUUCAUGGUA